AUGCUAAAGCUCCAUAAACCUCACACUAGUGCUGGGUGGCAACUUGUCCGCAGUACCAGCACCGUAACCAUCAUGGCACUCAAGAAAUCUGUUUCAGCAGCAAAGUCGCCUACUCACUCAAUUGAAAAGAAAGUCGCUCAGGAAUCCGUCUCCAUCUCUCUCAAGACUGGGUUCACUUACUCAUUCAAGUAUGCAGACUGUGUCACCGAGAUCAUUUCAAUCCCCCGUCAGGAUGAUGAGGCAGACGACGAUGACUGUCUAAGGCCGGAUAUCAACCAAAUUGUGAAGCAAGGGCUCACUUCUUCCGAGUCUCCCGUUGCUCCCAGGGCUCGCUCCUACUCCUACUUUACCAACCUGAAUGAAACAUAUAUCUACCUCAAGAUAGAGACCGACAAGAACAUCUUCUACCAAGUCCCGAUUCCACAAGUGGCGUCUGCGGAGGAGGUGACAGAAGACUUCUACGAGACGGAAAAGUGGUGGUUUCAACUCGUUUCCGAAAUGUAUCCCGACGGCUACGACAAAGACGGAAGACCAGCAGAUCACAGGCUCAACCCCAAGACCCGCGAGUACAAGUACAACUUCACGUUGCUCGACAGUUUCGGCUCGGAGACGGAUGUGGACAGAGACGUAUUUGACAGCUACUUUCCCGAGUGCAAGCGAAUGGUAUGCUAUCGUAAUGAGCACAGGCUCAAGAUAUGGGGGUCUUACGAGGCUGUUCGAGAUCUGGCGUGGUAUCUCAGUGGAAACGAGCCUGUCGGCGAAGGCUUGGACUCCCUAGGAGACUUGAUUCUCAUUUCAGAGGAAUACAAGGGUCUGUAUUUGAAGCACUGGUGUAUCAGGAGGAUCCUGUCUACGCAAUGGAGUGAUAUUUCUCUGCAGAGUGCAGCAGGGCUCUAUGAGAGACUAUCGGAGACUGAUUGUGAGGAGAUGAAACAACUCAAGCCUCUGUUGUUUAGACUGAUCCAGCAAAAGAUGAUGUCUCUAGACAGGACCAAAUGGAGCCCUCCUCAGAUUCUCGCAGCAGAAGUAGGUCCUGAGUGGACUUGUCUUCCAGGUUCAGGUUUAACCACAUUGUAA